AUGAACGGGUUCGCAUCCCACGGCCUCGAUGAGGACGCAUUCGCGGAGAAGUCCAACCUGAAGGGCGGCCUCCAGACAUUCGAUGCCUUCCCAAAAACAAAACCCUCCUACACCACCCCCUCCCGCCGCGGCGGGCAAUGGACCGUCCUAAUCCUCACAAUCUGCACCAUCUUCUCGCUCACCGAAUUCCUUACCUGGCUCAAGGGCCAUGAGACGCACCACUUCACAGUCGAGAAGGGCGUCUCGCACGACCUGCAGUUGAACCUCGACGCCGUGAUCCACAUGCCCUGCGACACUCUACACAUCAACAUCCAAGAUGCGGCCGGCGACCGCGUCCUCGCCUCGGAAAAACUCAAGAAGGAGCCGACGAGUUGGAAACUCUGGAUGGAUAAGCGCAACUACCAUAGUUCCGAGUACCAGACGCUGAGCGAUACCCGCGGAGACGAGGGGCGCGUUGCGGCCAUGGAGGAAGAUGUCCAUGCGGGACAUGUCCUUAGUGAGGCGCGCCGCGGGGGGAAGAAGAAGUUUGCCAAGGGGCCGCGCAUUCGGCGCGGUGAUAAGGUGGACUCUUGUCGUAUCUAUGGGAGUCUCGAGGGGAAUAAGGUCCAGGGGGACUUUCAUAUCACGGCGCGGGGGCAUGGGUACCGCGAUGGGAAGGAGCAUUUGGAUCAUUCGGCAUUCAACUUCUCCCACAUCAUCACGGAACUCUCCUUUGGGCCUCAUUACCCGACCAUUCUCAACCCGCUCGACAAAACCAUCGCAACGACCGAAGCCCACUACUACAAAUACCAGUACUUCCUGUCCGUCGUGCCCACCAUCUACGCGCGCAACCAGAACCUCCGCCUCGACGCCCUCCCCUCCUCAUCCUCCGCCCGCAACAACAAGAAUCUCAUCUUCACAAACCAGUACGCCGCGACCUCGCAAUCCGAUGCGCUCCCGGAAUCCCCGUACCUUAUCCCGGGGAUCUUCUUCAAGUACAACAUCGAGCCGAUCCUGUUGCUGAUUAGCGAGGAGCGCACGGGGUUCUUGAGCCUGCUCAUCCGCAUUGUGAAUACGGUUUCUGGCGUGCUUGUUACGGGGGGUUGGAUUUACCAGAUUACGAUUUGGCUUGGGGAGUUGAGGAGACGGAGACGGGGUGGGGAGAAGAGCGAGGGGUAUCUGCAUGGGAAGUUGAGCGAGGAGUAG